AUGGCAGAAAUUUUAGAACUGGACAAAAAACGAAAGAAUAUCGAAUUAGAGAUGGAGGCACUAAUUGAUUAUUUACACAGUGAUGAGUGUAAAAACGUGGGACUAAAGGGCGCUCUGGUUGAUAAUGAGGAAUUUCCUAGGGACGAUAUUGAUAUUUACGCCGUUAGAAAGGCCAGGGGUAGAGUAACUUGCUUAAAGAACGACUAUGACAAAUUAACUGAGGAAAUAGAAAGGAAGCUUCAUGAACUCCACAGCGAAUAUAGAAAAAACAACGCUGUAUAG